AUGGUGUUGAAAAUGGUGGCAUCAUCAUACGAAGAUAGCCGUCGCAAAAGAAUGGAAGAGAAUCGGAAGAGAAUGGAGGCUCUCAAUCUCACUCAGCUUUCUCAAUUCCUUCGCAAAUUAUCUUCUCCCAUUUCAAAACCCUCGCCGUCUAAACCUCGCACCUCCGAGAAGCAGCUUGUUGUUGUCAGAAGAUCCGGCCGUAUCGCCAACCUGCCCGCUCCCGUUUACAAAGAAAGGGGUUAUAAUAUGUAUACUGAUUAUUCGCGUGUAUAUGCUUCCGAAGAAGCCCGAGUGGAAGCGUUGUACAAGGCGGAGAAGUUGCAGUCCGAAUUAAACUCGAAGCAUCCAAUUUUUAUUAAGACAAUACGUCAAUCUCAUAUCACUGGUGGAUUCUGGCUGGGUCUUCCAGUUCAUUUCUGCAAGCAAAAUCUUCCAGAACAGGACGAGUUCAUGACUUUAAUUGAUGAGGAUGGAGAUGAGUAUCGAACUACAUUUUUGGCUCAAAAAAAAGGACUAAGCGCUGGAUCGAGACGUUUUGCCAUUGCUCAUAAACUUGCUGACGGGGACGCUUUAAUUUUUGAAUUAGUUAAUCGCACUACGUUCAAGGUGUACAUUAUUAGAGUGAACCCUUCAAAGGGUGAAGAUCUCGAGUGAGUUGCAGUGAAGUUGGAGAUUGGAGGCUGAAAAAUUAAUGUAGGUAUUAUAACCAAAUUAUAAAAUGCAUCCUCUUGAGUAACAACUCACUUCUGCUGAUCAACUAGAUAGUUAGCAAUGUUAGGCGGAGGCGGUAAUGUAAGAUUUGUCCGGUGUCGGCAUGGUCACUCUGAUCGCAUUUUGUGUAUUGGACACAUUAUUAUUAUUAUUUAUUAUUUCUUCCGUCUAAUUUAUAAAAGAUAAUUUAUUUUUUAAA